AUGCCAAGCUCGAUUGUUAAUACGAACCGGUACCCAUUCCAAUUCAGUUCCCAGAGUGCCGGCACUGAAGGCGGCACGGAGCUGCGGAAUGUACGAGGCGCCAUCCCCUCACCUCAAGCUUCCAGGCUGCGAACCAACAUGUUGGACGCCUGGCAAGACCCCGGCAGGAUUGUCGCCAUGACAGGUAGUUAUGAUGCCCUGAGUGCCAGGAUGGCCGAGCAGGCCGGGUUUCCUAUGGUGUUCAUGUCUGGAUUUACAGUCGCGGCAUCCUUGGGCUUGCCUGACACAGGCUACAUCGCUUUUGGGGAGAUGGUUCAGAAAGUCUCCGAGGUAGCGCGGCAUGUCAGCGUGCCAAUCCUGGUGGAUGGUGAUACGGGUUACGGAGGACCCAUGAAUGUGAAGCGAGCAGUAAAAGGAUUUGCCUUGGCAGGUGCUGCUGGAGUCAUAAUCGAGGACCAAACCUGGCCUAAGCGUUGUGGACAUACUCGAGGAAAAGCCGUAGUCCCCGAGGACGAGGCCUAUGCACGGAUCCAGGCUGCUGUCGAUGCCAGGAACGAAGGGCUGGACGUCUGGAUCCUUGGUCGAACGGACAGCUUGAUCCAUGGAUACGACGAAGCGCUUAAAAGAGCCAGACGUUUCAUUGAGAUCGGCGUGGAUGCAGUCUUCGUCGAGGCUAUCCCCGACCGUGCUACGAUGAAACGCUUAAUGCGCGACCUGAACUUUCCUUGCAUGGCCAACAUGAUUCCCGGAGGCCACACCGAAGAAGUCUCUGCCGAGGACCUGGCGCGCUUGGGGUUCAGCGCCGUUGUAUAUCCAUUCGCCUUGCUUGCUGCAACGAUCAAGGGCGUUCGAGAAGCGCUAGAAGGUUUGAAGGCCUCUUUUAGGUUGAACAAAGCUAUGGAGACUCUUCCUGCGGAGGACAUCAUGGACGCGGUGGGGUUCAAGCAGUAUUAUGAAGAAGAAGAGCGCUACCAAUAUGAAGCCAAGCCCAAUAGAUCCAAUGGGUUUCAAUGGGAUUAG